UGCCUCCCCACCAAUACAAGCACAGUGAAUGUGAAUGGCUGGCAGCUGCAGAGAAUCCAACAGUUGUGUGCUAUCUGCCACCAAUACAAGCACAGUGAAUGUGAAUGGCUGGCAGCUGCAGAGAAUCCAACAGUUGUGUGCUAUCUGCAAUAGAGAAUUUCUUACUAUAUUUCUUUGAUGGUUGGUUGGCUGUGUCCAUCUAUACUGAGUGUACAGGUCGAGAAUGUUAAGGCAAUUAUAGAGGUCGAGAUACAGGUACCAAUUGCCAAUCAGAGGCUGUUUUUGAAUGGAAGGGCGCUGUCGAAUGCCUCUCAUCUGAAUCAGGCUGGAGUCGGCGAGGGGGACCUCCUCCUCCUACAAACGAUUGAAUCUGGCAGUAGCCGACCCCAGCGCAGUGGUGGAGGCGACCCAAACCUUGCAAUGAAUCCAGACGGAUCUGCUGCUAACCCGUUGGCACUGCAAAGGCAUCUUCGCCAGGAUCAGAACUUGAUGAGACGUCUCCUAGAGGUACAAUCAUCCCUCUGAACUUCUGCCUGCAAUCCAUCAAAUCAAGGCCUGGUUUCCCA